AUGAAGCUCGGGGACGCGCUCGUGCUCGCGAAGACGAAGGUCGAGUCCGUGGACCAGGUCCGGAACUUGAACCUCUGGGGGAACGGCCUCACCGACGUCGAGCUCGUGACGAAGAUGCCGCUGUUAGAGAUGCUCUCGCUCAGCGUGAACCAGCUGUCGACGCUGCGACCGUUCGCGAGGUGCGCCAAGCUGACGGAGCUGCACCUGCGCAAGAACGAGAUCGCGGACCUGGACGAGCUGCGGCACCUCGUCGGUCUCAGGCGCGUUGUCCUCACACUGUUCUCGAGGACUUUCCCCGGCGUUCGUCCCCGCCGCCCGCGCCUCGGUUUCAAUCCCGACACACCGCGACGCCUCACGACUCCAUCUGAUGACGCAUUUCAACUCCACCCCGACGUCGCUUCUUCGCACGGAACGACCCUCAUCAGACACCUGCGCGUGCUGUGGCUGUGCGAUAACCCGUGCGCGGAGGUCCCGGGGUAUCGCGCGCGCGUCGUCCUCGCGCUGCCGAGGCUGGAGAAGCUGGACAACGAGGAGAUCACGGAGCGGGAGAGAGAGGAGGCCGCGGCCGUCGUCGCCGCGGCGAACGCGGCGUCGCCGAAACUGAGAACGGCCCUGAAAUCGCCGCCGCCGUCGCGGUCGCCGCCGCGGUCGCCGCUGCGGUCGCCGGCGAGGAAGUACGCCGCCGAGAGCGGCGCCGGCGGCGGCGCGGGGCCGACGUCGCCGACGUCGCGGGGGAGCGCGCCGUCGACGCCGCGCGGCGGGUUCGGGUCGAGUGGUAAGAAGGGCCCGGGACGAUUUCAUCGCGCGUCGGCGUCGACGCGGGUGUUGUACGCGGUGAUGGCGUUGGUGGCGGACCUGGACGAGGAAGGGCUGAAGAUCGUCCAGAGGGAGGUGGACGAGCGGUUAGAGGACGGCGAGUUUUUCGACGACUGA